UUUGUUGAGAGUCGGACAUGUCUACACUGGUUUACCUAAAGCAGACUCUAACUGCAGUUGAUCCGUUAUAAAGUUUGCUUAAAGCUGAGUUUACUGGGAGUUCCCUGGCACUCCAGUGGUUAGGACCCUGCACUUCCACUGCUGGGGGCCCAGGUUGGAGGGAUCCCUUGUUGUUGGGGAACUAAGAUCCUUCAAGCCCCACCGUCUGGCCAAAAAACAAGGGGGGGGGAGGGGUGGCUGAGUUUACUAAUAAUUAAACCCUUGGUAUGGUUUAGACUGAAGCCCAACCAGUAACAGAACUGUCACACUUCUGAGGGGUUCUGAGUUUCCAGACCCUCAUUCCACCUGCCACAAGUCUCUCUUCUUUGGAGGGGGUAAGAGGUAGUGGGGGUCGGGGCUCCCGAAACAGAGGACUUGACCUGAACUUGGGGCUUUGAAUGCUAACCACUAAACCGCCGCCUGUAGAUACUGACUUUGGAGAACCUGAGGCAGGCCUAGGAUAGGAACCUAAGUGGGAGCCAGGAGUCCAUCCCAUCCCCAAGCCCCACCAAUUUUUGCAAAAUGUGAGUUGUAGGGAGUCUGUGAGAAUUGGGAGGGAACCCCCUCCACCAUGAAGGCAGUGACCCUGCCUUGUCAGUAAAGUCACUGUUUUCUACCCCAGAUAUCAGACCUUUUACCUUUUCUGAUUUCUGACUUUAUUUAUGGGAGUUCUCUUACAGAUGGCAAUGUAAUAAAUUUUUCAGUGAUACAUAAAUAAGCCACUUUUACAGAGGAGACACUGUGUGACUCCACAAAGGACAGAAGUCAGUCAAAUCACUAUUUUUAAAAUUCAUUCUACAAGUGUUUAUUGAGCACCUACUCUGUUUCAGGCAAAUGCUGCACACCGGGGAUAGAGCAGACCGUGGUCCCUAUUCUCUUGGGGGUCACAAACCUGUUUUGCAGCGGUGGCCCGGUAACUGUCCUCUACCCCUGCCCCUCACAGAAGGAGUAGCAUUACGGAGGUCCAGACUUCUGAGUUGAAAUCACAGCUUUGGUCUCUCACGAGCUGUGCCACCGCAGGCAAGGCACUUAACUUCUCUAAGCCUCAGAUUCCUCAUCUACUCUGAGGGCCUCUGGAGCAGAGUCAGUCUGAGAAGCAACUGUCGAGAGGGGAGGGGAGCUGGCCUAGCAUGUCAGUGGCACGCAGGAGGUGCCUGCUGACUUGGUUUGCUUGGGGCUGGGAGAGCACGGUGGAGGUUGCUUCAUCCUUCAGAAGCCUUGACUGUCCUGGGCUUCGCUGUACCCCCAGCCUAAGGCUGCAGCUAUCGGAGAAACUCAAGGUGACAGUCCUUGUCAUGUCGAAACCCUUACUCGGUGCCAGAACUCUAAAAGGGCACUGGAUUCCGUGUAAGCUUUACCACAGCCUGGACAACUGCAGAGUCAUCAGCUCCAUUUUAGAGAUGGGAAACUGAGGCUCAGCCAGAGAAUUGGUUGAGAGCCUCUGGGAAGGGGGAUGUCUCUGGCCUGAGGUCUGUCCUCCCCAUACUAGUCACUAGAGGGCGCCAGCGCUCAGCAAGCCAGGUUUGGGCUGGCUCUCAUAACCACCCUAGAUGCCCCACCUCUUGCAGACCCCAGUGCUAGAAGAGCAGGGAACAGUGUGACCCCGAGUGCUCUGCACUGCGGGGAGGAGAAAGAGAAUCACGGGCCUGGGAGGACGAGGAAAGGAGAAAGAGGAAACCAGAGGUGGGGAUUCAAGAGGCCCCUGAGGCUCUUCUCACAAAGCUCCCUGUGCUUGAGCCACAGAUCCUACCUCUGCUCUCUCCUGAGAGUGUCUGCGUGUGUGUGUGUCUCCCUCGUCCUGUCUUGGUGGAUUUCUCUCUCUUGUUCAGUGAUUCUUUUUCUGUGCUCUGCGCACGUGCGCCCAUGCAUGGGGCUGGCUCUCAGUGUCUCCCCUUUCGCGUCCACUUGUUGUCUCUUGUCUCCGCCUGUCUCCUCUGUGUGUUCCUGUCUCUCUCUUAUUAUGUCCCCGCCUCUCUUCCUCUCUGUCCUGCCUUUCUUCAUUCUCUCUAUCUCUGCCUGGAUCUCUUUUGGUUUCUGUCUCUGUCUCGCCCAGGUGCACAUCCCGUCCGUCCUCCACCACCACCACCAGCCAGCACACGUGGGCUGAGGGUCUCAGUCCCUUCCCUCGCGUGCCUCCUCACCCUGGGCAGCUGCUCACAGCUUCCCAAUCCUGGCCUCUCCUGCCCGCCCCUCUUGAGCCUGGGGGGAGGGGAGUGAGGGAGGAAGGGAGGGCAGCCUGGCGGGCCCACCCCUUUUUGCCUUUCCAGGCUGGGAGGCUGGGCCAGUGGGCCUUUUAACCAGCCUGGGCAGGCUGUGCCGGACACCAGCCCUGGACAUCGUGCCUGGCCUCUGCGGUUCCGGCAGCCCGGCCAGCCCGGCCAGCAUGCAGCAGCCGCCCCCACCCGGGCCCCUGGCCCCUGCAGCCGAGCCAACCAAGCCUCCUUACAGCUACAUCGCCCUGAUCGCCAUGGCCAUCCAGAACUCUCCAGGGCAGCGGGCCACACUCAGCGGCAUCUACCGCUAUAUCAUGGGCCGCUUCGCCUUCUACCGCCACAACCGGCCGGGAUGGCAGAACAGUAUCCGCCACAACCUGUCACUCAACGAGUGCUUUGUCAAGGUGCCUCGCGACGACCGCAAGCCGGGCAAGGGCAGCUACUGGACGCUGGACCCCGACUGCCAUGACAUGUUCGAGCAUGGCAGCUUUCUGCGCCGCCGCCGGCGCUUCACCCGACGGGCAGGUGCCGAGGGCGCCAAGGGCCCCACCAAAGCACGCCGUGGACCCCUCCGAGCCACCAGCCAGGACCCAGGAGCCCCCGACGUCGCAGCUAGCAGACAGUGCCCAUUCCCACCGGAGCCACUGGAACCCAAGGGCCUAAGCUAUGGGGGUCUGAUGGGGGCCUUGCCAGCCAGCAUGUGCCCGGCCACCACUGAUGCCAGACCUCAGACACCCUCAGAGGCCAAGGAGAUCCCCACGCCCAAGCCUGCAGGCCCAGGGGAGCUCCCUGUGGCCACCUCGUCUUCCUCGUGCCCUGCUUUUGGCUUUCCCACCAGCUUCUCUGAGGCUGAGGGGUUUAGCAAGGCCCCUGCACCCCUCUUGACCCCCGAGGCCACCAUCGGGAGCAGUUACCAGUGCCGGCUGCAGGCACUGAAUUUCUGCAUGGGGGCUGACCCAGGACUCGAGCACCUCUUGGCCUCAGCAGCCCCCUCCCCUGUACCAUCCACCCCUCCAGCCUCCCUCCGAGCCCCGCUGCCCCUGCCAGCUGACCCCAAGGAACCCUGGGUUGCAGGCAGCUUCCCUGUCCAGGGAAGCUCCAGCUACCCAUUGGGGCUGACCCCCUGCCUGUACCGGACGCCAGGAAUGUUCUUCUUUGAAUGAAGGCCAGCCGGCCUCAGGCCGUCCCUGCAUAGCCCCUGCCAACUACGCCCUCCAGGCUGAGCCUGACUCUGGGAUCUGGGGAGCUCUCAAAGGACGCGGGCCUGGCAAGCCCACGACAUCUGGGACAGAAAGCCAAGAUUGCAGCGGUGAACACUCAGCCAGCCCUAGGGCCUCUGGACAGACUUGGGGGUGAGGGGAAGCAGGGCCCCCUGGGGAUUUACUCUGUGGCUCUCAGGGCCAAUAAAGCCAGUGUGAUGAUGAG